AUGGACGCCAGUGCUUACUGCCCUGGUGGCUUCGCCCUUGUUACUUACGAAGUAGGUAUGCAGGGCAAUUCUCUAAUUACGUGA